AUGGACUGCAGGGAACCUGCAUCGUCCAACACUGUUCCAUGGACUGCAUUGACUCCAGCAGCCACCAGGGGGAGCCCACACAGUAGCCGGCCACCUGCAGCGCGGGCAGACAGCGGAGGAGACCGCAAGCAGAACGCUGAGAUUAUAUUCCAGUUGCUUACAAUAAGAUCUCCAGGUAAAUGGUAUCCACCACCUGUCAGUUUUCUGUCUUCCAAUGCAUCACGAGUCCUAAAAACCUCAUCCAAUUUAGACCAAGAAGAGAUUCAGGGACUAAUCCAGCUGAUCCAAUGGCCUAAGGUCCCCAGUGGAGUGGACUUCAUGUCUUCUACAAGUCCAAAAACCACAUUUUAUGUUUUGCUGCAUCCACAAGAAGUCUACAACGUAGGAGAUCGUAUAACUGUUGUCAUAUUUGCUCGGGAUCAUUAUAGUCGCCCAAAAACCUGUGGAGGAGAUUAUUUUCUGGCCAAGUUGCAUUCUCCAAAGCUGAAAGCUGGAGUGACAGGUGCCGUCACCGACCACAGAAAUGGCAGAUAUUCAGUCACGUUCCUUCUGCUCUGGCCUGGAGAUGCCGAGGUUCACAUCUCUCUUAUACAUUCCAGUGAAGCCGUUUCCAUUCUGAGCAGGAAAAGAGACAAGUUUUACUUAAACGGACAUUUCAUCCACAAUGGAAGCAGCGCUACGGUGAAGUGUAAUGUGCAACCUCCAGGACCUGACGUCUGUACAUACCGUAACGUACAAUCCAGAGAGGAGUGGUUCUGCAACCGGCCAAAGGGCUUUCCCUGCAGUGCCUACCAGAAGCAUUUAACAGGUGUCAACCACCCAACACUCAAUGCCACCGAGCAGCAAUUUCUACAAAGGCCGGUCACUGACCAAAUGAUUUCAUCAACUCUGAGAAAAAUCAUUAUCCUUCCCCAGACAUCCGGCACAGAUGAAAGAAGUCUUUGUAGACCUGGACUCUCCAUUCCAGAGCCCUCGGGGUAUUAUUAUCAGGAUGAGUGGCAGUCUCGUGUCUGCAGGAACAAACACUUCACUUCUCCAUCCGAUGUCACCGCCUGUCUGAAGGGAAAGGUUGUCUACCUGUUUGGAGAUUCAACUCUUCGUCAGUGGUGGCUCUACCUUGUGAAGUUCGUCCCAUCUCUACAGAAGGCGAGCCCUAAUGUCAGCUAUGCCCUUGGAUCCCUGCUGGCCACUGAUGCUGAGCAUGGCUAUCUACUAAAAUGGCGGGUACACCAGAUGCCUCUCAGCAUGAUUCACACCAGUGAGCAGAAACUGGCCUACAUCGCCAAUGAGCUGGAUAACAUUGGAGGGGGGGACGAUGGCCUGGUGAUUGUCAUAAACUGCAACGCGCACUUUGUCUCAUUCCCAGUAACAUUUUAUCUGCAGAGGAUAAGAAAUAUCCGUAAUGCUGUUGUCCGGUUAUUGAAGCGAAGCCCCCAGACCAAGGUCAUUAUCAAAUCAGGGAACACCGGCUUCCGAUAUGAAAUCGCCAGUGACUGGCUGUCCUUCCAGCUGGACACCCUAAUGAGGGCCGUCUUCUCAGGACUUCCAGUCGCAUUAUUAGAUGCCUGGCAGAUGACCUCCUGCCAUUACCUGCCCAAAGACCUUCACCCUAAGGAAAUCAUAAUCAAGAACAUGGUGGACUCAAUGCUCUCCUACAUUUGUCCAGAAUAGGUUGGUACAGACAACAUUGUGACCGGAAUCCUCAUCAUCUUUGUUAGGACAUAGGACUACAACCUCCACCCUGACUGUGUCCAAGAGAGACUUCACCCAGCUGUUCUGUACAGUAUAUUGUGGUGUGAAAAAAACAAAACACAUGUUUACUGCUCCUAAUCAAGGUGACCGGAUGCUUUUGACUGUCCAUGCAUGCUUGGUUCGAUGAGAGUAUUGU